AUGCUGCCUCCAAAGUACUUGUCUGCCACCAAACCUAAGAAGUCCUGGGCCCCAAAUCUGUAUGAGCUAGACAGUGACUUGGAUAAGGAGCCGGAUGUCAUCAUAGGAGAAGGCCCAACUGACUCUGAAUUCUUUCAUCAGAGGUUUCGGAACUUAAUCUACGUGGAAUUUGUUGGGCCUCGGAAGACCCUGAUCAAACUCCGAAACCUCUGCCUCGAUUGGUUGCAGCCGGAGACUCGCACCAAGGAGGAGAUCAUCGAGCUCUUGGUCCUUGAGCAGUUCCUGACCAUCAUCCCUGAAAAGCUCAAGCCUUGGGUGCGAGCAAAAAAGCCGGAGAAUUGCGAGAAACUCGUCAAUCUGCUGGAGAAUUACAAGGAGAUGUACCAGCCGGAAGACGACACCAACAGUGACGUGACCAGUGAUGAAGACAUGAACCGAGAUGGAAGAGAGUCCCCCCAGCCUCGCGCAGGCCGUUCUUUCAGUGACCGGGAGCAUAACCGCGACUGGGCCAGGAGGGGCCGCAGCAGAGAUGCGGAGCCGCGAGGCCGCUGGUCGUUCCCCAGGAACCCCAGAAGCAGGCUGCCUCAGCGGGAUCUUUCCCUUCCUGUGACGGCAAAAACAAGUUUCGCAGCGGAAAGAGAUGACAGCAGGGACUCGAUGGACUAUGAGUCCCGAUCCCAGGAUGCUGAAUCAUACCAAAACGUCGUAGACCUCGCCGAGGACAGGAAACCUCACAACACAGUCCAGGACAACAUGGAGAACUACAGGAAGCUGCUCUCACUAGGGGUGCAGCUUGCCGAAGAUGACGGCCACUCCCACAUGACACAGGGCCACUCAUCAAGGUCCAAGAGAAGUGCCUGCCCAAGCACCAGUCGAGGUCUGAAAACUAUGCCUGAAGCCAAAAAGUCAACCCACCGGCGGGGAAUUUGUGAAGAUGAAUCUUCCCACGGGGUGAUAAUGGAAAAGUUCGUCAAGGAUGGUUCCAAAUCAGGAAGAGCAAGGGAGCCAAGUGAUCGGUCGCAGAGGUUCCCUAGAGCGUCAGAUGAUAAUUGGAAGGACGUUUCAUUAAACAGGAGGGAGUCAGUGAUCCAGGAGAGGGGUUAUGAAGGGAACGCGUUCAGGGGAGGCUUUAGGUUUAACUCAAACCUUGUUUCCAGAAGGAGAGUUAUUGACAGAAAGAGGCGCUAUCAUUUCGACACAGAUGAGAAGGGCUCAAGCCAUGACCAGAAAGGCUGUGCCAGAAAGAAGCCCUUUGAGUGCGGUAGCGAGAUGAGGAAAGCGAUGAGCAUGAGCGGCCUGAGCGCCCCCUCCCUCACCGAGUCGCCGCCCGCCAUCGAUUUCGCGGCCAUGGCGUACGUGUGCGACGAGUGCGGGAGGUCGUUCGGUGUCAUCUCAGAGUUUGUCGAGCACCAGAUCAUGCACACUAGGGAGAACCUCUAUGAGUACGGCGAGUCCUUUGUCCACAGCGUGGCUGUCAGUGAGGUCCAGAGAAGUCAGGCUGGGGGCAAGCGCUUCGAGUGCAAGGAGUGCGGGGAGACGUUCGGCAAGAGCGCCGCGGUGGCCGAGCACCGGGAGACGCACGCGAGGGAGCGCCUGGCGGACGCCGAGGACCCGGAGUGCGAGGAGACCUUCAUGCCCAGCCCGACCUACGCCGAGCUGCAGAAGAUGUACGGCAAAGACAAGUUCUACGCGUGCCGCGUGUGCAAGGAAACCUUCCUGCACAGCUCCGCCCUGAUCGAGCACCAGAAAGUCCACUUCGGGGAUGACAAAGAUCACGAACGCGAGCGCGAACGGGAACGCGAGCGCGAACGCGGGCAAGCCUUUACGCCUAGCUCAGCCUUUGAGGAGUUUCAGAAGAUGUGUGGUAAAGAGAAAGUCUAUGAGUGUAAAGUGUGCGGGGAGACUUUCCUUCACAGCUCGUCCCUGAGAGAGCAUCAGAAAAUCCAUGCUAGAGGAAACCCAUUUGAAAAUAACGGUCAGCCCCUUAAAAGGCGCCAGAAAACUUACGGUAAGGAGAAGCCCUACGACUUCAGCGACGGCAGGGAUGCUUUCAUGCCGAGCUCAGACUUCAGCGAGCGUCAGAAAAUUCAUUCUCGAAAGAACCUCUUUGAAGGCAGAGGGUACGAGAAAUCUGUCAUUCAUAGCGUGCCCGCCACUGAAUCUCCGAAGAGUCACACUAUCACAAGACCACCUGAAAACGAGGAGGAGAAGGCGUUCACCAUCAGUUCUAACCCCAAUGAAAACCAGAAGUUUCCUACUCAAGAAAAUGCCUGUGAGGGGAAACCAUACGAGAGGUCUGUUAUUCAUAGCUUAGCCUCUGCUGAAGCUCAGAAAAGUCACAGUGCAGUGGGGCCCGUUAAACCCAAAGUGAUUGCAGAGUCUACCGUCCGGAGCUCGGAUGUUAGUAACCAUCAGAAAGUCCGUGCUGGAGGGAACACCUGUGAAGGAAUGGCAUACAAGAGGUCUGUCAUUCAUAGCUUGGCAGCUCCCAAACCUCUGAAAAUUCACGAUGGAAAUGAAGUGCUUGAAUGUAAUGAGCAGGGAGAAUGCUCCAUUUAUAUCUCAGACCUUAACGAUAAGCAACAGAAGAUUCUUGCCAGAGAGAAGCCUUACGAAGGGGGUAAGAAUAACAACUCCGAGGACUCUGCCGUACAGAGUGUAUCCCGUGCCACACCUCAAAAAAGUCUUACCGGAGAGGGAUCUGGUGAAGUUAAGAAGGAUGGUGAAUUCUCUGUUCCCAGCUCAAAUGUUCGUACAUACCAGAAGGCUCGUGCUAAAAAGAAAUACAUUGAGCACAGAAGCAAUGAAACCUCUGUGAUUCACUCUCUACCUUUUGGCAAACAGCACAUGGUUCGCCCUAGAGAGAAGCUCUAUGAAUGUCAGGAGUGUGGGGAGUCCUUUGCUUAUAGCUAUGACCUCACUGAGCACCAGAAGAUUCACGAUAGAGAGAAGCCUUCUGGAAGUAGAACCUAUGAGCUAUCUGUCAUUCGCAGCUUGGCCCCUACUGACCCUCAGACAAGUUAUGCCCAAGAGCAAUACGCUAAGGAACAGGCACGCAUUAAAAGUAUGGAGUUCAGGCAACUCUUUGCUGCUAGUAAAGAGCUCAACACACAUCAUAAAACCUAUGCUCAAGAGAAGUCCCAUGGCGAGGAGACCCAAGGCAAGGACACCCAUGAGGCCCAUGGCGAGGAGACCCACGUUGAGGAGAUCCAUGGCCAGGAGGUGGUUGAAGACUCUGUCAUUCAGGGCUCAGACCUGGCUGAACCUCAGCAGGAAGACCCUGAUGACACAAUCUACGAAUGUCAGGACUGCGGGCUGGGCUUCGUGGAUCUCUCAGACCUCACGGACCAUCAGCAAGUCCACAGCAGGAAGCGCCUCGUUGACAGUCGUGAGUACACGCAUUCUGUCAUUCACACCCAUUCCAUCAGCGAGUACCAGAGAGAUUACACUGGAGAGCAGCUGUAUGAAUGCCCAAAGUGUGGGGAAUCUUUUAUUCACAGCUCGUUCCUUUUCGAGCAUCAGAGAAUCCAUGAGCAAGACCAGUUGUAUUCCUUGAAGGGGUGUGACGACGGUUUUAUUGCCCUCUUGCCGAUGAAGCCACGGAGGAAUCGUGCUGCAGAAAGGAAUCCUGCCCUUGCUGGGUCGGCCAUCCGAUGCCUUCUGUGUGGGCAAGGCUUCAUUCACAGCUCUGCCCUUAAUGAGCAUAUGCGGCUUCAUCGGGAAGAUGAUUUACUAGAGCAGAGCCAGAUGGCUGAGGAAGUUAUCAUUCCGGGCUUGGCCCUCACCGAGUUUCAGAGAAGUCAGACUGAAGAGAGACUCUUUGAAUGCGCGAUAUGUGGAGAAUCCUUCUAUGACGCAGCAGAACUUGCGGAUCAUGUAAGCGUUCAUAAGAACGAGCCUUACGAGUAUGGCUCCGCCUAUACGCAUACCUCAUUUCUUACCGAGCCCCUCAAAGGAGCUAUACCAUUCUAUGAGUGCAAGGAUUGCGGCAAAUCCUUUAUUCAUAGCACGGUCCUCACUAAGCAUAAGGAGCUUCAUCUUGAAGAAGAUGAAGAAGAAGAAGCGGCAGCAGCAGCAGCAGCAGCCGCCGCCCAGGAAGUUGAGGUCAAUGUCCUUGUUCCACGAGAAGUUCUGCGGAUUCAGGGGUCAAACGUAGAGGCUGCCGAGCCAGAGGUGGAGGCUGCCGAGCCAGAGGUGGAGGCUGCUGAGCCAGAGGUGGAGGCUGCCGAGCCAAACGGCGAGGCUGAAGGGCCAGAUGGGGAGGCUGCAGAGCCGAACGGAGAGGCUGAACAGCCGAACGGGGAGGCCGAGCAACCGAACGGGGAUGCCGACGAGCCAGAUGGUGCAGGGAUCGAAGACCCAGAAGAAAGAGCCGAAGAGCCCGAGGGAAAAGCCGAAGAGCCCGAGGGAGAUGCCGACGAGCCCGACGGCGCAGGGAUCGAAGACCCGGAAGAAGAAGGUGAAGAUCAAGAGAUCGAGGUGGAAGAGCCGUACUAUGACUGCCAGGAAUGCCCAGAAACCUUCACUUCCGGUGCAGCGUUCGGCGAGCACCUGAGAGCCCACGCGAGCAUGAUCAUAUUCGAGCCGGCCAGUGCCUUCGGCGAGUGCUCGGGCUACAUCGAACGCGCCGGCACCAGCACGGGUGCUGCUGAUCGCGCCGAUGAGAAGUACUUCAAGUGCGACGUGUGCGGGCAGCUCUUCAGUGACCUCCUGUCCCUUGCCAGACACCAGAACACCCACACCGGCUGA